UAAACACAUUUGUUUAUUACAAUAUAUAUUUCUCGCCAUUGCGAGUUUAUAUCUCAGAAUUGUGACUUUAUAACUCGCAAUUGUGAAAAAAAAGUCAGAAUUGUAAGAAAAAAGUCAGAAUUGUGAGAUAUAAACUCGCAAUUGUGAGAAAAAAAGUCUGAAUUCUGAGAUAUAAACUCACAAUUGCGUGAUAUAAAGUCACAAGACUUUUUUUUCUUGCAAUUCUGACCUUUUUUCUCACAAUUGUGUGAAAAUAUAUAUUUCUCACAAUUGCUGUUUUUAUUUUUGUAUUCAGUGGCGGAAACAGGCUUCCAUAAUAUUUUAUUUCAAUACAGUAUUAACAUUUUUUAUUAUUAUUUUUAUUAAAAUUUCCCAAAAUCCUAAAACUUUCCAGGUUUAAAUUAGAUUUUAAAUCUCAAAUUUUCAGUGUGGUUUCAGAUUUUUGCUACCUCCUGUAUGUUUUUGUCGAAUGUUGACAUUGUGUAACUGUUUAGAAAUCAACAUUUAUAGCAAAAAAAUAUAUAUAUAGUUGCUGUACAAUGAGAGUUCAUGUGACUCUUACAGUCAGUGAAGGAGCGUAUUGUACUACUUUAUUUCGCAUGGUCGCUUAUAGGGCAUUUUUGCUGAUAUGUUAAAUAUAUAUUUUUGACUUUUUUAAACAAUUUCAGUAUACUGAACUGUGAACUGUGAUGAAUGUUUGCAUCGUGUUUUGAAGACGCCAGUAUUGGAUGGAUUUUUGCUAAAAUUGAGAACGCACACUAGUUUUUUGGUCUGCUUAGAUUUCUUUUUGAUACUGAAGGAAGGACUUUUGUGACACUUUUUUGCCUUUGUCAUUUAUUUGACAUUGUUCAAAUGUGUUCAUCUUAUUUGAAGUGUAUUUUAUUUGGGAUAUUUAUUACACAUGUAAUCAAAUUAAUCAUUGUUUUGUCUUUCUUUAUUGCUUUAUUAAUAGUAAAAUGCAAAGUAUAAUGUCUAUAUAUAUAAUUAUCUUAAAACAAAAUCCCAGCAGUCAUCUCCAAUUUUCUUUUUCUAAGGCUGCUUUUAUUAAUUAGCUGGCAAAGAGUAAUUUGACAAAUGGCCUUUAACAAUUGGAUACGGUGAGCAGAUGCUUCAGAUUACUUUCUACUGGUAUUAAAAAAAAAAAAAAUCAGGUAUUAGCUGUAGCCAAUAUCUGAUCCCAUUCUUUAAAGCCGAUAAUAUGAUGGUCUGACUGGCUCUGAACAAAACGCAUUGCUGUCACAGUGUCCAGAGCUCAUUCUCAAUCAUGAAGAGCAUCGCUACAACAGAUUUGGCCAUGACUGUACAACCUACUAUUUUUCCACGUGUGGGCUACAGCAUACUUUCAUACCUCAUGUUUAUAAACACGCUACUUUCUGUGUUUAAUAACUUGUUGGUGAUUGCUGUAAUGCUGAAGAAUGUGCGUUUUCUCAAUGCGAUGAACAUCAUCAUUUUCAGCCUGGCUGUGUCGGAUCUUAUGAUUGCCACCUGCGGCUCUGCCAUCGUCACCAUCACAAAUUACGAAGGAUCUUUCUUUUUAGGGGAUGUGUUCUGUGUUUUUCAAGGAUUUGCUGUGAAUUACUUUGGCCUGGUUUCUUUAUGCACUCUCACACUACUGGCGUACGAGCGCUACAAUGUCGUCUGCAAACCCAUGGCAGGCUUCAAGCUGAACGUCCGCAGGAGCUGUCAGGGCCUGCUGUUCGUCUGGCUCUAUUGCCUCUUCUGGGCUGUCGCUCCACUGCUGGGCUGGAGCUCGUACGGGCCAGAGGGUGUCCAGACGUCCUGCUCAUUAGGCUGGGAGGAGAGAUCCUGGACAAAUUACAGUUACCUCAUCGUCUACACGCUUAUGUGCUUCAUAUUACCCACUGCUGUCAUUGUAUACUGCUACAGCAAAGUCCUUAUGUCCAUGAGGAAGAUCAACAACAGCAUUGAACUUCAAGGAGGCAAAAACUGCCUGGAGGACAACGAGCAUGCGGUACGGAUGGUCCUGGCCAUGAUCAUCGCCUUCUUCGUCUGCUGGCUGCCUUACACCGCCAUCUCUGUGGUUGUGGUAGUGAAUCCAGAGAUCUACAUCCCACCUCUGGUCGCCACCAUGCCUAUGUACUUCGCCAAAACCAGUCCGGUCUACAAUCCCAUCAUCUACUUCCUUACUAACAAACGGUUCCGAGAGUCCUCUCUGGAAAUCCUGUCCUGUGGUCGAUACAUCCCUCGUGACACUGCUGGUGUAAUGAUGUGCUCAACGCAGAGGAGCCAAAGCAGGGAUAUUCCAGUCUGAUCUGAGGUGGAGGUUUUUCAGGAGCUGGAGAUUUUAACAGUGUCUUUAGUCUGCAUGACAUCCUUCACUAACCCCAUCAUCUACGCAGCGGUCAAUCCUCAGUUCCGCACAGAAUUUCACAAUCUGAAGAC